UCUCAUUGGCCUUCAAUGAGUGAGCAUUCCAAUUUAAUAUUUUAAUUGUUUUAUUUAAAAUCAUUGCUAAAUUUUAAAUUAGAAACAAUUUUAAUAGUAAAAUUUGUGCCUAUUUGAAUGGCUUCAAACAUUGAUUUUGCCUGCAACAUGGCGUUCAUAAGAUCGAACAUUGCCUGUUGCAAAAAAGAAAGUUUACCUGCCCCAGGCAGUUGACAUUAGAAAAAAUAUUUUCGGCAGCAAUAUUAGCUGGAGUGAUAGGUGUACAAUUAUUUUCUAGCCUGUUUUGCUUACCCAUAUUAACGGUCAUUUUCGAACUACCAACACUAGGCGGUAUAAUGUUCGAACUACCUGUAACCUGUGCAUAAGUUAAACGGGUAUGCAAAGGAGUAGGUAAACUAUGCGUCACUGGUACGCUUGGAGAAUUUUGUUUUGAAGUUGGUUUUAAUUGAGAAAUUGAAUUUUGUUUACCUUGCCUUGCCUUAACAAUUGCUAAACGGACUGGGCAUUGAUAAAAAUUUGACAUAUGGUUGCCGUUACAAUUCGCACAGCGAAAAUUUUUACUCUCUUUCACAGGACAUGUGUCUUUUUUGUGAGAAGAGUCUCCACAAUUAAGACAUUUUUGGUCCAUGUUACAGAAUUUGGAACCAUGGCCAUAACGUUGGCAAGUACGGCAUUGGGUGAUAUGCUUUUCACCUCCGCCAUACUUCCUAUAAAUUUCCCACUUUACACGCACAUUAUACAAAGCAUGUGCUUUUUCAAAAAAUUUUAAGUUGUUUACCUCAUUGCGGUUAAAAUGAAUUAAAUAAUUAACAAGGGAAAUUCCAGUUCUCUGACUGUUUUCGCCUCGUGAUUUUUGUUUCAUUAGAAUUACUUGGGUAGGGGCUAUGCCAAGUAAUUCUGUUAAAGUAAGUUUGAUCUCAUCAACGGUUUGAUCGUUGGUGAGACCUUUCAAGACAACCUUGAACGGCUUGGCGUUCUUGGUGUCAUAUGUAAAAAAUUUGUACAUCUUGUCAGUUAAAUACUGAACAAGACGAUCACGACCCUUUACUGAGUCGGCUAAUAAGCGGCAUUCACCUCUACGGCCAAUUUGAUAGGUAACUUUAACGUCAGAAACAAACGUUGAAAGUUCCUUUUUGAAUAUAUUAAAUUCAGAAGAAAUAGUUACCACAAUAGGUGGAACUUUCUCCUUUUUUAAAGAUUUUAUAUUUUGUAUAGUUUCAUUACUAAUAACUUCCAUUUCACCAGCUUCUUGCUCAGGCAAAAUAUCAAAAGGAUUGUCACUACAGACACUCGAUGUGUCAGAAAGAGAUGCCUCUCUUUUCCUCCCCGCAGCGAUGCGAGGUUUCUUUUUCCGUCCAGCCAUUUCAGGUGAUACGAAAAAAGUUAAAACAAAUGUUAAAUUCAAAAGUAGGUAGUCUUGAGAAAGACUGAUGGGAAAUAACUUUCAGGUAAUCUUUAAAAGACACACUGACAAAACACAAACUUUGAAGCUAUAGGCAGUCAAAGACCAGUCCACAAGCAACCGAAAAAACGUCUGAUCUGUAGAACAGUUCAAGACGCACUGUGAAUGAAUAAUAAUAAUAAGUUCAUCAACGUUGGCAAAACGUUUCAUACAAUAAUAUUACAGUUGUACAAGAAAAAUUGAACUCUUUGAUUAACCGUUUUAUAAAAGUAAUCUAAAUGCUACAAUCUUCUGUCAAACAUUUUGUUUUUGAUUCGCCAGUAGAUAAAACUCUGUACGAUUUUUGACUAGUGAAUAUGAAUGGAAAAUCAUUUAAAAGGUAUAAAAAGAGCGGAUCGUUUCAUAGAGCAUGCAAAAAAAAGCGCAUUGAAUAUGAGGCACUGCUUAACACAGCUGUGAAAAAUGGGAUUGAAUCAAAACAAACUCAUGAUUCUUCCCCCAUUGAGAAUAAGGUGCAUCCUGUCCGGGCGGAUUACGUGCCGAGUUCAGAAUUUCCCACUUUUUCGAUCGAUUCCAAUGCACAAUCUAUUGGUUCAUCACCUGAUUCUGCAGAUAAUCAGUUGGUUAACAGUACGCUCCGAAUGUCCACAAGUUCAGUGAUCGUUGAACCACUCGACACAACUGUGAAAGAAAUCAGUCCUCGUGAUACUACUAAUGCUAUUCGCUCCUCGGCCUGUGACUUCAAUAUCACACAUCGCGCACUAAAGGAAAUUUUAUCAAUUAUCCGUCACGAUUAUGGAGACAAAGACCUCCCUAUGGAUCCACGAACGUUGAUGAGAACCCCCCAGAGAACUGGCAUGACAUUCAAAUCAAUAUCAGGCGGUCAAUACUGGCACCAAGGACUUGAAAUCUGUUUGAAAAAGAGUUUCGAACAUCUAACAGAGGACAUACAAAUUGAACUGAACGUUAAUAUAGAUGGUCUGCCAAUUCACAGGAGUUCGAAAUAUCAAUUCUGGCCUAUUCUGUGCAAUGUACAUCAAAUGCCUCAUAUCCCACCAAUGACAGUUGGAAUAUUUUUAGGUAAAAUAAAGCCACAAAACAUCACAGAAUACUUAACACCAUUUGUCGAAGAAUUGAUUUCUGUUCUGUCGAAAGGCGUGUAAGUAAACAAUCAUGCUGUUGGAGUAAAAAUCAGAUGCUGCCUGUUCGUGCAUUUAUAAAAGGUAAUUAGUCGAAAUUCGGAGACAUAUAUGAGAGACCACACAUUGAAAAUUUCCAGAAUAUUGUUCAAAGAAGGAGUAUUAUCAGGGUAUCAAUUUCCUGGAAAAUCAGGAAAAACCUCGAAAAGUCAGGGAAUUUUAUUUUCGCUGGGCAGUCGACACCCUGAUUAUACACACACACCCUCAAUCUCCCCCCUCCGCCACACGCAUACAUACACCAGAAAGAUAGUAAAUAGGAAAGAGAAGUGAAAAUAGAACGAAAGAGAGAGAGAGAGAGAGAGGAGGAUGAAAGAUUGAGAAAGCAGAAAGAGCAAAGGAAUUGAAUGUUGGUAACAUUGUAUUCAAACAAAAAAAAGGGGAAAUGAUACCCCAACACAUUUUUGAUGAAUAACAGCUUAUUAGGCUAUAGUUCAGCUGAAAUCCGCCUAAUAAUAGCUGUAAAUCAACAACAAUGUUUGCUUCUCACAGUAGGGAAGAUUGAAUUGUCAUCAUAUAUUUUGAAAACCUUGAAAUUGUUACUAUUAUGUUAUCUCAAAACAUUUAGCUAUUACUAUUUCUAAUUAUGGGUAAAAUUGCAGGAACUACAAAUUUCAAUGGAAUUAACGGAUGCUUGAAGUGCACCAUUGAAGGCGAAUAUUCCUAUGUAUCCCGUACAGUUACAUUUCCCAAACUCAACUGCGUGCUCAGAACAGAUGAGAAGUUCCGUCGGAAAGAAUACGGAAGACAUCACAAAUGCGAACAACACAAAUGCGAUAUUAAGAACAAAACUACCAUCGGAGAUACACCGUUCCUUGCGAGGCAUGGACUGCUUAGCGUUUUGGAAAGGUUCGGAAUGGAGGGCCUUUUUGAACUAUGUAGGCAUUGUUGUAUUGAAAGAUUAUCUUAGCAGCCAUGUCUAUAACCACUUCUUGGUACUUUUCGUUGCCGUAACCAUAUGCUCAUGUAGCAUUUAUACGGAAUAUUUAUCACUCGCUCAACACAUGUUCGAGUGUUACAUCAUAGAGUUUAAAAAUAUUUAUGGUGCAGAAUGUGUUACUAGCAAUGUUCAUAACUUGGAGCACAUCGUUGGCGAUGUAAUACGAUUUGGACCACUACCAUCUAUAUCGUCAUAUCCUUUCGAAAACGCGUUAUUCCAAAUUAAGAGGCAGCUGCGACAUAGACAAAACAGUUUGGAACAAGUUGCUAAUCGAAUCACCGAAAAGAGCAGUUUACCUCUAAAGAUACAACAUGCUGAAUAUCCAGCGAUCAAGAGGAUAGGCAAUAUUGUUCAGUGUUAUAUUAAAAGUGAUUUUUUUCUUAGCACAAACUUUAAAAAUUCUUGGUUCUUGACAAAAACAAAAGAAAUAGCUCGAAUGACAUCGGCAUGCAUGAAUGAAAAUAGAAAAAUUAUAAUAACGGCUAGACUGGUUCAAAAACCAGAAUUAUUUUUUCCUAAACCUAUACGUUCAUCAUACUUGCAUAUAUAUAAAGUAAAUAAAUUGUAUUUUAAUUCUGAAAACUCCUAUAAACUCGACGAUGUAUUUUGUUAACUAGUAGCUAUUAAAUACAAAGGUAACGAGUUUGUG